AUGUACGUCGUGCCCAAGAUCGAACUGGACGACACGAUCAAAGAAAUCAAGAAACUCGCCUUGCAAAUCAGACACAAGAAAGCCAUCAUCAAAGAUGAAGCAAGAAUCAACAAGCAAAGCAGAAAACCCGUCAUGCCGCGUACCGCCGGCGCUAAAGUUAGAGAUCGCUCCGUCAGCAAGCUCAGGGAAGAUAUGGAGAAUCUUGGGGUUGAUAUGUCAAACACUGAAGAAGCACAUUUCACCAAAACGAAACCAAGAGCUAGGUCUGUUGGACAGCCAGUUAAGAAUAUGCGCAUGGAAGUUUCUUCCAGUGGAAGCACUACAGUUACUAAAAAGACCCCCAACAAGAAUAGGUCGCUGUCUAGGACUCCAAGAAAUGAACUUGGUGUCAAGGAUGGUAUAGAGCUUGGUACAGUACAGGACAAAUCUGAGCGGUUGCAGCCGAUGCAUCACUUAAGAGUCCUCCUGCUAAUCAAGCAUAGUGCAAACCGGUGUCGGUCCGGUGGGGCUGUGGAAAGAGCGUCGACCACCAGCACCAAUACCGUCGUCGUAACUGUUGUCGCCUCCUGA